AUGGAUUUGAUUGAGAACAACUUCAAGUAUUCUGCGGAUAGGCUAGAUAGGCCAUCUGAGUACUUGAUAAGAAAAGCGCGGCAUAAUUAUGGUGAGCUUGAACGAGCUAUGACUUCUCGAACAGUGUAUGUUGGAAACUUGUCACAUUUCACGACUGAGGAACAAAUACACGAGUUGUUUACCAAGAGUGGUCCUAUAGAUAAGAUAAUUAUGGGUUUGGAUCGUAAUAAGCUUACUCCGUGUGGGUUUUGCUUUGUUGUGUAUAGAAGCCAACAAGGUUCGUUGAAUGCCAUGAAAUAUUUACAAGCGACUAUUUUGGAUGGUCAAAACAUAUCAAUUGAUUUGGACCCGGGCUUUAGAGAAGGAAGGCAGUUUGGAAGAGGCAAGCAUGGCGGUCAAGCAGCUCAAGAGGCAGCUGCAGCGGCUGCAAAUGGUGGAGGCGGAGGCGGAGGCGGCGGUUAUGAAAGAAGUGGCUAUGAAAGAAGCGGUUAUAGAGGUAGAGGUCAUAGAGGAAGAGGUUUUAGAGGGGGGUACAGAGGAAGAGGAGGACGUGGUGGCGGUGGCGGUGGGUACCGUAAUGAAGCCUCGGUUUAUAUGCCAUCUAGGGAGUCAACUUUUAAUUCCACCUAG